AUGCAAGCUGCAAUCCCUUCAAAUUCCGUUGAAAAUCCCAAAACAAUGACGAAGAAAAAGCCAAUACGAUCAGCGAACGAGCCAAAGAAACUACUAGAUCAUGAGGAGGAGAACAAAGAUUCAGAGCAACAACCCAAAACUAUCGUGGAUAAAUAUGUGGAGAAGUCUCAGUUGCAGACAUUGAAAUCGCUGAAUGAGCACCUUUUGAAGGAGACACACGAGAAGAGAAAGAAGUUUGGAGCUCUGGUUCAGGCUAAAGAGGGUUUGGAGCUCGACUUGAAGAAGAAUGCCAAUAAGAAGAAACAUAGUCAAAUGGAUGAAGUGGGAGAUAGGGUUUGUAGGUUAGUUGAGAGUGAGAGAUUGAAGGAUGGGGAGAUUGGGAGAUUGAAAGAUGAGAAUAAUUGGCAAAGAGAUUUGAGGAAGAAAAUGAUUGAAAUGGAGAAGAAUGACAGAAGGGCUUUGGAAGAGACAGAGGAUUUGAAGAAUCUGUUGAAAGAGAAGAAAUUUGUUAAGAGGCUAUUGUAUGAAUCUGGUAGGGUUAAUGAAGAUUUGGAUUCGAAAAUGAAGGAGGAAGAUGAGGCAGUGAGUUUACGACGCACGAUUGAGAUAAUCACUCGUGAUAAAGCUGAAAUGGAGGAAGCAAAAAUAGAAGUGGAAAAUAUCGUUGUGAACUUACAAAGGGAAUUGAGUAAAGUGAACAAAGCUAUGACAUCUGAGUCCAGCGUGGCUGAGAACGGGAGAAAAGAAGAGUCGGUGCCUCAGAUGGGCUCUUCUCGAGAAGAUCCAGAUGAAGUCUCAUCAAGAAAAGGAGAAAAAAUUGAAGAAACCACGGCUGAGCUCGAGAAAACGAAAAUGGCGUAG